AUGUUAUCUUCUCUCAAAUCCACGGCCACGAUGCCGAAGACGGAACUCAAUGCAGUUACUCUUGCCAUGCGAAUUGCAAAUGCAGCGAUCAUGCAAUUAGAAUCCGUCGUCAACGCAGCGCAGACAGUUGUGCUGUCAGACUUCGAGUUUAGACAUGAAAUGAAGUUGGAAAAAUCUUGCACGGAGGAGCUGACGCUACAACAGCUUCAACAUAAGCAAGAAAUUGAUCGAUUGGAGGACGAGAUAGAAAGGCAAAAAAGGAAGGUGGUGAAACUACGAGAGCAAUAG